ACGCCGCCCCCCGGCGGCCCGGCCCCGGCGCCCCGAGCACUGACAGCCUGCCCGAGAUGGCGUCGCGGCGGCUGCGGCGGCUGCGGCCCUGGCUGGUGGCCCAGGUGGAGAGCGGGCAGUUCGCGGGGCUGGCGUGGGACGACGCGGGGCGGACGGCCAUCCGCAUCCCCUGGCAGCACGGCGGGAAGGGGGGCGCGCGGGGCGGCGCCGGCGCCGCGCUCUGCCAGGCUUGGGCGGAGUUCAAGGGUCGGCUGCGCCCCGGGGACCGGCCCGACCCCGCCGGCUGGAAGACGCGGCUCCGCUGCGCCCUCAACAAGAGCCCCGAGUUCCAGGAGGUGCCCGAACGGUCGCGCCUGGAAGGGCCGCGGCCCUACAAGGUCUAUCGGCUCCUUCCAGCCCCCCAGCAGCGAGGGGGGCAGCCCCCCAGGCGCAGAGCCCCGGAGAGGGAGGAGGAGGUGGAAGUGAGCCCGGCAGCGGGAGGCUGUGGAGGACACCCCCAGCCCCACAGUGCAGCGGCAGCAACCCCCAGCCCCAACGAGGCCUCAGCCAAGGAGUCUCAACCCGAUGGUGGGGGCACUGCCCUGGCUCCUCCAGCCGUGGCCAUCAUGGUGGAUGCCCAGCAGCCCCUUCCCCCUGCUCAAGGGGACGCCGCCUUGGGCCUGCAGCUGUGGCUGGGGGGGGCUCUGGCCUGGAAGGGCUACUUGCCCCCUGGUGACUAUCUGCUGGCUGCCCCCGUGCCCCCUGGGACACCCUUGGACCCGCCUGGGCUACUGCCUCGCCUGUUCCUCCUGCCGCCCCCUGAGGAGGCCCCCCCUGAUCUGGGCCGGCUACUGGCUGGGCUACGACCAGGGCUGCUGGUAGCCAGUGCCCAGCACGGGAUCUUCCUCCGGCGGCGGCCUGCAGGGACACUGGCUCCCGCGGGGUGCACGAUUCAUUGCAAUGGCCCCCACAGCCCGGGGGGGCCCCUGCUGGAGGGGCAACUUGUGCAGCCGUUUGACCCUCAGCGUUUCCAGGAGGAGCUGAGCCAGCACCGCGCUGGGCUGGGCCCCCUCCCCAAGCACCAGGUGACGCUGGCCGUGGGACAGGAGCUGGGCCCCGAUGAUGGGCCGCACAACCGCACCCUGGUCCUGCAGAUCAUGGAGCAAAGGCCCCACUCUGGACACCGUGACUGUGCUGGAUUUGUUUGCAAGUUCUUUCUCUGCUCUGUCCCACUGUUGAUAGACAAAACCUGGCUGCCCACUGCCAUCAGCCUCCCUCCCUCUGCUGCUGCUCCGGGCCGUUGGCAGCCUCCUGCUUGAGGGGCUCCGCAGAGCAGCUGAGCGGCACCAGCACUCUGGAGACCUGACACUGCUCUUGUAAUUUUCUUGCCCUUUGUCACUCACCUCACUGCCCACAUCAUGCUUGUAUGAAGUAUGGUAACUAAAUGUGGAGGGGUCUCUGGGAAUCUCAAAUCUCUGGAGUCUGGUAUCAUUAAAGUAAAAAACAAUUACAAUGAA